AUGGCACUUAAAUUCAAUGUAGUUGCGAGUGAUGGCAGAGCCCGUCGCGGAGAACUGGUUCUCACCCACGGACUCGUAGAAACUCCGGUGUUUAUGCCAGUGGGAACGAAAGGAGCCAUUAAAGGACUCUGUUACGAUCAGCUUGAGUCCCUGGGAUGUGUACUGUCUUUGGGAAACACAUUCCACCUGGCCUUCCACCCUGGAAGUGAAAUUAUCAGAAAAGGUGGUGGACUUCACAAAUUCACCAAUUCACGCUGUAAUUUCCUGACAGAUUCGGGCGGUUUUCAGAUGGUAUCUCUCUUUUCCCUCUCCAGAGUCACAGAAGAAGGAGUAGAGUUUAAAUUUCCAUAUGAUCUACAAAGAGAAAUAUUCCUAACACCAGAGGAAUCAAUAAAAAUACAGAAUGACAUUGGGGCCGAUAUAAUAAUGGCACUAGAUGACGUGGUUUCAUCCUUAGUAAGAGAUAAGGAAAGGUUAGAAGUUGCUACACAUAGAACUACAAGGUGGUUGGAUCGGUGCAUUAAAGCCCACUCUAACCCUGAAACACAAGCUCUAUUCGCUAUAGUCCAAGGAUCUAUCUACCCAGACUUGAGGAUAAUCUCCCUAAACGAACUCAAGAAAAGAGAUCUGCCUGGUUACGCAAUCGGAGGUUUAUCUGGAGGAGAGAACAAAACUGAUUUCUGGAGAAUAGUAGAAUUGUGUACUAGAGAAGGUGUCGGAUUGCCUUCUAACAAACCAAGGUACCUCAUGGGAGUAGGAUACCAGAUAGAUCUGAUAGUGUCUGUGGCCUUGGGCUGCGACAUGUUCGACUGUGUUUUCCCGACAAGAACAGCCAGAUUCGGCACAGCAUUAAAUGAUCACGGCAACAUUAGGAUACAACACGAAAUUUAUCAAUAUGAUUUCAGCCCUAUAGAUCAGGAUUGUGAUUGCCUGUGUUGCCUAAAGUAUUCAAGGGCGUUUCUUCACUAUGGAUUAAAAAAGACCAUACUUGUUUCACAUCUAUUAACUCUUCAUAAUAUAAGAUAUAUGGUGAGGCUGUUCGAACGGAUCCGAAAAUCAAUAUCCAGCGGAAAUUUUAAAGGAUUUGUCAGAAGAUUCCUAACAAACAUGUAUAUUAAUAACGGAGAGCUGCCACCCCUGUGGGUCAGAGAUUCUCUACUUUCAGCCGGAAUAGAUAUUCUAGAUCUUUAUCCUGAUAAUUCAAAUGUGGUUAAACCUUAUUAA